GAGAAUGCAGGAGAUGCAGGAGAUGCAGGAGAAGCAAGAGAGAAGGAAGGGGAGAAAGUGAGAUCCUGGUCUAGCUUACAUUAUUCACGGGCGGGGUUUGAUCAAACAGGAUGACAAGGCUGUAAGACAUGCACUCAACUAUGUUGGUAGGGGCCUUGCAUCCCUCACACUCUCACACUCCCCGAAAUAGUGACAUCACCCCUCAUUACCUUCAGCAUGACCUCCCACACACAGCACAUCCCAGACCAUGUCUUAUGGUGGAGAUUUCAAUCGAGGACCUUUCCUCAAUACUCUCAACUGGAUUCUGCAGGCCUGCUCUCUGCUUGCGGUAGCCCUCCGAUUGCUCUCCCAUCGCCUUCGAGACACGCAUGACUGGGGGGUCGAUGAUCUUCUUACUGUCCUGGCCGUCAGUGUUCAUCUAUCACGAUCCAUCCUGUUGUCUAUCGCCAUUAACGGUGGCUUUGGGCGACACUUACCAGAGCUUCUCGAGCAUGAACCGGCGGAGAAGGUGACCCAUCUGCUGCACGAGUUAGUGGCUCUGCAGGCGAUUGGGCUCUGGACCUUUGCCGUGCCCAAACUGCCGGUGGUGGCUCUGCUCGUGCGGCUCUUUGGCCGAGUCACUCGACACGCUGUGGUCUUGUAUAGUUCCGCCCUAGUUCUGAUCGUGCUGGUCACAGUGGUCACCAUCACCACGUUCGCGCAGUGCACCCCCGCGGCUGCCCAGUGGGAUACCUCCGUCCACGGCAAAUGCUGGAAUCGAUCCAUCAAUGUGGACUUGGGCUACCUAGCUGGCUCAUACUCGGUGGUUCUGGACGUGGGCUACGCACUUUAUGCGAUUCUGCAAAUUCGGAUUCUGCAGAUGGAACGCAGUCGGAAGGCCUUGAUUGCUGGGUCGAUGAGUUUUGGAUUUUUAGGCGGGAUUGUGACUAUCUACAAGCUGACCACCAUCCACCAAAUCAACGACACUCAAGACCCCACCUGGGCGACUGUGCCGCUUGAAGUGUGGAACAGUGUUGAAGGCUGCGCCCUCAUCCUCGCCGCCUGCGGUCCUAUGCUCCGGCCCCUGAUUAACGGGCUGUUCCGGAUCUUGUGGACGCCGCUGUCACACCUGGGCAGCGCCAGCAGCUUGUUAGGCACCCGCAAACCCUCGCAGACGACGACCGGCAACCCUUCGACCGGCGCCAGUGGGGCGACGGCCUCGUUGUCCUCGGUCGCCGACGACAACGUCACGCUGCUGCGGCACGGCAGUCAGCAGAAGGCAAACUACUACUCGAUGGAGACGACGCAAGGGAUCCCCCUGACGGAGCGACGGAAGGGUGAUGGAGGGGAUGGCACAGCGCGGGGACGAACGGGGCGGUGGUUCGGGACUGCUCCGGCUCAGAAGUAGAUGGUGUGAGGGGUUAGAGUGUAUCAAAGUGCCUGGGUUAGAUGUGUGCAGUAGUGCACAUGCCGGAGAGGGGCUGGGGAUGUGAUUACUGUGGGCCAGUGUAGGGCAGUACAGUAGCUUA